AUGCAGGAGGCCGGAUGCGAGCUCGCUCCCGACAUGGCUCUGGCCUCUGUUUUCGAUUCUUUGAAGCUCACUGCUCUUGUGGGAAAAAUGCGGCGAAAGGUUGCCCCGAACCUCUCUCUGAGGGAUGCCCUGGCUUGCGACACGGUCCUGGAUUUCUUGAAGCUUCUUGCAGAGAGGAGUGAUGCAGAUCCACCCAGCAGGGACAUCGCCGGGUCAAGGGACCACGCCGACUCCGGCUUCCGAGUUCGGGAGUGGCCGUACAUGUUUUCACUGUCUGUCUGCUGGGCCUUGGAAUCAAAGGAGCCUGUGAAGAAGGACGUGCUCUGUCGCACCCUGGAAAAGCUGAAGCGGAAGCACGGAGCCUUGAGAAUGCAACUUGCAGACCCGCCUGCCUUGUGGGAUUUUGCCAUGGAUGCUGCUGCGAACCUCUCCUUCUCCAGAGCGGUGCUACUGCGUGGGCGCCCACGGCGUCCCGGCCUGUCGGCUAGGAUCUUGAGUGGCGUCGGCUUUCUGCUGUGGACGGCCUGGCCUCGCUUGACGCAGACAGAAGAUACAGAGGUGCCAGUGGAGGUGGUCCAGUGCCAAAGCCGUGAACAACUCGAGCAACGCUCAGCCUGGUUGCUGGAUGGACGAAAUGCACGCAACUUCCUCACGGGGCCACUGCAUGCCGUAUUGCUGGAGUUGCCGGGUAUGGGGGCGCGGCUCCACAUCGCCGUGAGCCACGGGCUUUCUGAUGGCUUUUCGGGAAUGCCUUUGCUACAGGACUUCGUUCGCCUCUACGAUGCUGAGCUUGCAGGCCGACCGUCCGAAGAGGCCCUGGAUGAUGCUUUCUUCGGCCUCACGAAACAGGAAGUUCGGCUGCAGGAGACUUUGGUCAGGGCAGGCUCCGGCGGCGGCGAUCUCCAAGCCGACUUGGGCAGCUGGGCAUUGCCAGCCGAAAGUGGCGAUGCCUUCGACCAUUUCGUGUGGCUGCAGCAAGCGACGAUGACCACCCUCCAGACUGUUGUCGAGCGGCGGAAGUGGUGCUGCUCCUUGGACGUGGCGGUAUUGGCAUUGAUCGGCGGGGCCCUCGCACGGCUGAGUUCUACCGGCUCCCUGCACCUGCGCUUCGUGGCAUCUGCCCGGGAUGCCCCUGGCGAAGGAAGCGUUGUCGCAGAUUUCGCAGACUCCAGGGAUUUGGACCUCACCUUUCCGGCCAAGACCACUGUCGAGCAGGCCGUGUUCGCCAUUGCCUCUUGUGUCCGUCACCGACGAUGGCAUCUGCCUGAUGCUCUCACCGACGCCGAGGAGCGCACCUACAUCAACGUCAGGCCCUUGUUGCAAGGAUUGAGCUCGCCAUCGUCCUGGCAUCACACCACUCAAUGGCCUCCUGUGGAGGGCGAGCGCAACUGGGAUCGCCGGAACGUAUACCACGCCCUCUGGAUCAUGGCUGACCAGGUCGCGCCACUGGAGUGGGUGCUAUGCCUCAAGGUUCGAAAGUCCCGUCGCGAAGCCACACGCCUCGGGGCGGUCAUUGAGGGUCUUCUUCUGGACCUGCACGACAGGCCCGACGCAGAGCUCCUCGAAACCGAGAGCCCGUGCUCCUGA